AUGAUGGAGGUGUACAUCCGGGAAAGCAAAAAGCUUACCUUUAAAAACAACAAGGGUAAGAAGUUAUUACGGUACUUGGAUAUAUCAUUGAAUAAUAAGUCGUUACAUGACAGUCAUAUAGUGGAGUUAGUAAAAGUAUUAAAAAAAAUUAUAAAAAUUGUAUAUAAUAAUUUUUAUUGUCUAAAUAUUGAUUUAAGUGAAAAUUAUAUUACAUGUGUAGGGCUAAAAACUCUACUGAAAUAUAUUUUAAAUUAUAAUGAAAACAUAGGAGUAAAUAUAUUAAAAUUAUAUAAAAAUAAUAUAAAAGAUGAUGGUGUAUCAUUAAUAAAACAAUUAGUGUAUAUACAAAAAAUACCUAUGGAAGAAUUACAUCUAUCACAUAAUUAUGUACAAGAUAAUACGUGUAAAGAAUUAUUAUUAAGUUUUGUUCAAGCUAAAAAAGAUAGUAAUUAUGUAUAUCCAAGAUAUGAUAAAUACCAAAGUUCUUACAAACAUACACAAAUACCUGUUUGGAUUAGAUUAGAAUAUAAUUGUAUUCAAAAUCCAAAAGAAAUUCUAAAAGAAGUAGAAGAAUUUGCAAAAAAAAAAAGAGGGUAUAAAAGUAAUUUAAUUAUUUGUUCUGCUUUAAAAAGUGAUAAAAGAUGUUGUCCUUAUAAAUGUUUAAAUGCUACUAUUCGGAAUACACCAAUUAUGCACGUGUACAUGUUUAUUCAUCAAAAAGAAAAUUUAAUUAGUACGAAUGGUAAGAUAACCAAGGAUGAAAAAAAAGAAUUUUCUUCGUCCAUACUGGAUGUAGAAAAAACUCGUGAGUGUAAUAUUGAUGACAAAAAUAUGGAUCUUGAUGAACCCUUCAGUUCUUUGGAAAGCAAGAAUAACAAUAUUAGUGUCGUAGGUAGUAGUCUUAAAGUGAACCUGAGCACCGAUGAUAGCAGUGAUGUUAGCAAUAAAGCUAUUGGCGGUAAGAAUGUUGGGGCUAAGAAUGUUGGGGCUAAGAGUGUUGGGGUUAAGAGUGUUGGGGCUAAGAGUGUUGGGGGUAAAUCAAUUGGCGGAAAAAGUAAUAAAAAAAGUAAUAGCAAUAACAACAGUGGAAACAAUAGCAGUAAUAAUAAAAAAAAUAGUAAAAAUAAUAAUAGUAAAAGCAAGGCGGUUCUCGGCAAGCGCUAUGGGGAAAAGGUGGAGGAGCAGAACGAGGAGGAGGAGGAGGAGAAGGACAACGAUAAUGUGAAAGAUAUGGACGAAGAGGAGGACGAGGAAGAUGAAGAAGAAGACUUCGAUGAUGAUGAAGAUGACGAUGACGACGAUUUUGAGGAUGAGGAGGAGGACGACGAAGAGGAGGAAGAAGAUGAUGAAGAGGAAGAGGAGGAGGAGGAAGAGGAGGAAGAAGAUGAUGGAGAAAGUGAACAGAGUGAAUCGAUCGAACAAAGUAUUGAUUGCAAUUUCAAAGACAGGAAUGCUUUUAAGGAGUUGAGAAAAAAUAAAAAAAAAGGCAAGGAAGACAGUAAGAGAGUAUCUACAAAAUCGUUCAACUCAAAUAAAAAAAUGAUAAAUUCCUCCAACGGUGUGAAGAACGACGAGGAUGAGGCCAGUAAUAUAGAUAUAAAUAAAAAAAAAUUAAAAAAUAAAAAGAAAAAAAAAAAGAAAAAAAAAGAAAAAGAAAGAGAAAGUGAAAUAGGAAGUGGAAGAGGGCAUGGAAGAGGAGGUGGAAGAAAAGAUGAAAAAUUUAAUAUUAACAACAUGAAGGAAGGACUUAGUGACGAUGACGACAACGAAAUUCAUGGCGCAAGAAUCGGUGGAAAUAACAUAAACUUGGAUAGAAGUAUUGAUAGAAGCACAGAUAGAAGUAUGAGCAAUUUGACGAACGAGAUGAACAAUGGUGAAAAUAGAACAGAUGGGGUAGACAGUGUAAGUAAUUUGCCCUUGUACAUAAUCCUAGACUGUAGUGCUGUGUUAGAUAUGAAGGAAUUGUGGAAAGAUAAAUCCUUUUUACCUUUUAGCUUCCCAGGGCUUCUCUACUUAUAUAACAAUAAUCUGUUGAGGGGUAUCAAAGACAGAAGGGGAAAGGAAUGUAAAGGAAGGACAAGAAGUAGAAGCGGAGAUAGAAGUGGAAACUGGAGUGGUAAAAGCAUGAAUAAUAACAACAUGAAUAAUGGUUUGGAUAAUCGGAAGAAUAUAAGUGACAGUGAUUACAAAAAUGGGAAUGAUUCCUUCAUAUGUUUAAUGUGUAGUUAUGUAGCAAAUGAGUUGAAGCUUGUUUGCCAGAAAAGUGAAAUAAUUCGACAAAAGAUGGUAAAUUUAAAGUUAAAUAUAUGGAAUAAAUUAUCUGAGUUAGGUAUUAUGGAGUUUCUGAGUGUACCAAAGGAUUUUAAAGAAAAAAAAAAAAAUUUUUUAAAUUCGUCAUUUUUAACAGAUGAACAAGUUAAACUAGCUAAUGAAUAUUAUGAUAUAUCGUAUGAAACUCUACAGAUGAUACAAUUUUCAAUUUUAUGGUCAACAUAUAUUUAUAAAAUUAGUAACAAAGAAAUAAUAAUUGAAAAUAAUAAAAAAAAAGAAAUAAAUAAAGCAGAUAUGAAAAAAAAUAAAAAAGCAAUUUUUACCGAAGUGUUAUAUUUAACAUCCUCUUCAAAUAUAUAUUCUUUUUUUGAAUAUUUAUAUGAACAGGACAUAAAUAUUAUACUUCCCUUAUGUGUAACUGUCAAUCAGAUUAAUAAGUAUAUACAAGACAAGCAUACUUAUAUAAUCGACUUGUUAAUAAAUGCCAAACCGGUCAAUACUAGUAAUGGUACAAACGGUAAGGACCUAAGUUUUGAUUUAAAUAAAUCGUUCUUUAAACAAUUCAUCAGGGAAAAGUAUUCUAAAUAUGUGAUAACCGGGAGGAGGGACAUCGAGGAGGAGGUGGUGGAUGAAGCGAUGGAUGAAGCGGUGGAUGAAGCGGUGGAUAAAGCGGUGGAUAAAGCGGUGGAUAAAGCGGUGGAUGAACGAGAAGGGUAUAAUGGAGUACCUUGCGGAGUGCAGUAUAUAGCACAAAACAAAGGGAGGGGGAAAACAAUCAUUCCAAGUGAUUUGAAGGAUAAGAAAAAAAAUGAAAAUAGAUACUUAUCAAAUGGAAAUAUAAUGAACGUAGUGAAUAAUCAUAGUGUCAAUAUAGAGGAGGACAAGAAAAAAAGGAAUACAAAGAAUGAUAACUAUCAACAUCAAAUCAUGAAGAAGAAUACAGAAGGGUCCAAAAAUAUUAUGUCCCAAGCACUUAUAACAAAUAGCAACAAUAUGGAGGAUUUGGACAACAAAGGGGAAAAGAAGGGUCUUGUUGUUAAUAAUAGUAUUAUUGGUAAUAGUUAUGUGAAGAGGAGGCAGGGUCAAGUGGGGUAUGGAAACAUUGGUAUUAUUAAUAAUAACAAUGCAUAUGAUAUAUUUGAUAUAAAAUCAGUGAAAUCUUUUUCAAAUGAAAAUAUUAGCAAACUGUGUAAUAUGGACAACAAUAAUAUUAGCCAAGUUUCAACUAGUCGAAAUGAUAUGGCGGAGGAGAGCAAAAUCGCAGUAGCGAUGGAUAAUAAUAGUAGUAAUAGUAAUAGUAAUAAUAAUACAAAGAUCGAUGGAUUGAAUGUAAUGAAAAAUGCGUAUUACACUUUGGACGAAUAUAAAAAUUUAAAUAUUAACAUAGAUGGAUUAAAUAUGGACGACGUAGAUUCGAUUGGAAAAAGGUCUGAACUCAACAAUAUUAUGAAUGAUUCCAAAAAGGGAAAAAUGGCAGGAAAAAACAAUAUUGGCCUUGCCCUUAAUAAUAACAACUUCGUAUCUAAUAGUAUUAAGUCUAAUCGUGAAAAUGGUAUGCAUCCAUCUAAUAAUGCAAUAGGAGUGAAUAGUACUACUAGCAUGAGCAGUAACAUACAUUUGGAUAAGGAAAAAAGUGUUAGCACUCCAGUUUCAAAUGGAAAUAAUAAGGUAAGCAUAUAUAACCUUUUGGUUGAUGCCUUUAGGGGAAAGAAGCACCCGCAGAAAGAGCUUGAAAAUGUAGGUGGAAACGGUGUUAGUGGAAAUGAUGUUAGUGGAAAUGAUGUUAGUGGAAACGGUGUUGGAAUGGAAGGUCAAGCGGGAAAGAAUGUUAAAGUAGAGCAGGACAUAGUUAGCACCACCUCUGCCGGUGUGAGAUCCCAAAUAAUAAAGGUAAGGAACAACAGCAUCGAGUUGAAUACCAGCAUUGAUAGCUUUUAUAAUAUAAGUAAUAACAGUAAUACUGGUUUUCCAAGCUUUUCUGGGAAUACGAACGUUACGAGUGCAACUGCAGCUACGGCCAGCACGACCAUAGGGCACCUUAACGAGAAACAUACUCACGUUAAUGUGCGCGUUAGUAGCAAGAAUGAUAGUUUUAGCGCAGAUCCUAAUGCCCCCCAUUUUGCCUAUAACAACUCCCUGUUGGAUGGUACACCUUCUCACAACAUGAAUAGAGCAAACAUAAAUUUGAAGGCAGUUAAGAACGAUGGUGGAAUGAUAUCUACGAAGAUAAAAGAUGAGGAGAACAGUAGAAAUGUAGACAACAUCAGUUUUAAUAAUAACAUUCAUAGCAAUCAGAACAACGGUAAGGGCGCGAAAAAUACCACUCCGAUGAAAAACAAUAGUGGUGAAACAAUUUACAUGAACAGUGCAUGUAACAAGAAUUCUAUGAAAAUUUUAAUGGAGGCGAAACUUAAUGAGGAUCGGAUGCUAAGUAAAAGUGAAAUAGAAUUUAGUAAUCUCAUCGAAUCAAUACCAAAAAAUUUAAACGACGAUUUGUCUUUAUAUUUAGAAAGCAGAAAUAGAAACAGUCAUAAUGAUAGUCAUAAUUAUAAUGGUAGGAGCAUUAAUAACAAUGCUCUUCUAAGUGAUAACAAUAUAACCCUCUUCAACCCGAAUGUGUUGAGAAAAGACUUAGAUAAAAAUAAUUUUAAUGUAAGUAGAGAGGAAGAAUAUAGACAAGUAAAUGAAUUAAAAAAUACAUAUGACAAGUACAAAGUUGAUAUAUUGAACACGUCGUUAUUGCUAGAAGAGCUUAUAUUAAAUCAGCACGUGUGUAAGUAUAUACCUUCGGACUUGUACAAUAAAAUUUUAAAAUGCUAUGAAAAGUUGGACGGCAUGUUAACGAACUUGAAUAGAUGUAAGGAUGACUUUAAUGUUGGGUCGGUUGGAGGUGUGGGUGCUAUAGGAAAUGUGAGUGCUGAUAACAUAAAAAUUGAUGAAAAUUGUUUGUAUGAAGAUUUAAGAAAUUACUGGGAUUACGCUUUUUCAAAAAAUACUCCCACCUUUUUGUUCGAAGCUAAGGACAUUAUACAUGGUGGUAGUAGUAAUAACAAUGGAAAUAGUGGAAACAACAAUAGCAGCAAUAAUAACAUAAGUAGUAAUGAUAGAAGCAACAAUGGUAACAGCAACAACAUCAGUAAUAAUCGUAGUAAUAGUAAAAUGGUGCUAACCCCAAUAGAGGCUCAUCAAGAUUUGCUGAUGACGAACCAUAUGAGCAGCAGCUGUAUAGUAAACGACAGCGCUGAUAGAAAGAACGGUAAUAAUAAUAGUAAUAGUAAUAGUAAUCAUAAUAAUAGUAGUAAUAAUAAUAGUAGUAAUAGUAAUAGUAAUAGUAAUAGUAAUAGUAAUAGUAAUAAUAAUAAUAAUAAUAAUAAUAGUAAUAGUAAUAGUAAUAGUAAUAGUAAUAGUAAUAAUAAUAGUAAUAGUAAUAGUAAUAAUAAUAGUAAUAGUAAUAGUAAUAAUAAUAAUAAUAGUAAUUAUUAUAGUAGUAAUAGCAAUGGUAAUAACAAAAAUAGCUCAACGGUAAUUCAAAUGAACUAUAACGGUGUAAGUGUGAAUAAAAUAAGUAGUCAGCAAAUGAAUGCAACAAACAAUUUAAAUGGUUCUAUGAAGACAAAUGUGUUAAGUGGAAAUAAUAAUAAUAAUAAUAGUAAUACCAGGAGUACAAGUGCUAUGAAUCAGAAUACUGGACGUAACUCCAAAAAAAUGAACAGGAAAAAGGGGGCAGGUACCGUUGGAGGUAAUGGGAAUGCCAAUACUAACAAUAACAACAACAGAAAUAGUAACAAUGGUAACAGCAAUAAUAACAUUGGCGGAAAAAAUUGUAACAGUCGUGUGAUGAACUCAACUAAUAGUGGUGGUAGUCAUCUAAACAACUCAUUGAAUGGUAUUUUUGAUGUAGGUUAUAAUAACAUGAAAAAUAGCCAGGCACAAACGAAAUAUGUACCAAGAAAUGACAGCAUGAACGAUGAUUCUCUGGCGAACCAUAAGUUGAUGAUAAAUGGCGGCAGUAGUAGUAAUCUGCAAAAUUUGAAAAACAGUAAUUGCACAAAUAACAUGAAUAAUAAAGUUUCCAAAGAGAUAAAUAGUCAUGCUGCUGUUAACAUAGAAAGGAGCACCAACAACAAUCAUGGCAGUAAAGGUUAUGGAAGUAGUAUUCAUCGUAGUAACAAUAACAGCAGUAACAAUCAUAGCAGUAACAAUAACAGCAGUAACAAUCAUAGCUGUAACAAUCAUAGCAGUAACAAUCAUAGCAGUAACAAUCAUAGCAGUAACAAUCAUAGCAGUAACAAUCAUAGCAGUAACAAUCAUAGCAGUAACAAUCAUAGCAGUAACAAUCAUAGCAGUAACAAUAACAGCAGAAACAUUCAUAACAACAUGCAUGGAAUUGAAUCGUCCGAGUUAAAAAGCGUAAAUAAGCUACUCAUGCUAAAUAACGACUUGUCGAACUUAAAAAUUACGAACAGUGAGGCGAACAUAUUGGAAUACGAUAAUUCCUUAGUAAAUCAGGAGAAUUUCUUUAAAAAGAUGAAUAUGUACCAUGAGAGUAACACGAAUAGUGGGGGAAACUUGGACUCGAGUUUGUUAUCCCGCAUUAACAUAAGCAAAAGUAACAAGGAAGGUGUUGAUGUGUCGAGUAAUGGACAAAAAGUAAACAGCGCGAACGGAAAUGUGAACAUAGGAGCAAAUACCAAUACGACUGAAUUGAACACUCAGAGGAAUAAUAACUUGAAAAAAUUGCAAAAUAAUGAAAACAAUAUGUACAAUAUUCUUGGAAAAAGCACACUAAAUGACAUGCACAUGAAUGUGAAAUAUGUUGAAUCGUUGAAUAAUCAAUUUAAUUUUAUGCCUAGGGAAAACAGAAAAAAAGAAAGUGAUAAUCAUCAAAUCACAAUGACAAACAACAUGCUGAAUUUUCAAAACGACGUGGAAAAAAAAUACAAAAACAACUUGGUCGACUUACGUGAAAAGGGAAAUAUGAAAAAAUUGUGA